GGGCGGAGUCUCGCGAGAGCUGAGUCUGGCCAAGAUGGCUGGCGUGGAGCUGUGCUUCAGCGCCGGUUGUGGGGAUACGGAGCCUCCCAGCCGGCCGCUGCUUAUCGUCGGACAGUUGCCCAACCUGCAGAAGCUGCGCUGGGAUGAAAUUAGCGGCAAGCUGUCGCCUCAGGUGACGGAGGAGGUCUGGAAGACAGCACUGAGCAGCCUCAACCCCAACCCUACAGAUAACUGCCCCCUGUACCUGACAUAUGCCACAGUUGCUGCCCUGCCCUCUCGAGUCAGUCGUCACAACAGCCCCUCUGCAGCAACGUUCCUCACCCGCCUAGUUCGAAGCUGUCUGCCUGGAGGAGCCAACCGCUGUAUUGUGAUGGUUUGUGAGUGGUCUGAUGUCUUUGCUUCUGGCUGUGCAAUUGCAAGGGCCUUCCCACUCUUUUCCCGCCGAUCCAGUGCCUCUAGACGCACGGACAAACGUGUAGUUACUGUGGAGUUCCUGCUUGUUGGACAAAACAAUGGCCCAAUCGAUGCAAUGGCACUCGAGUGUCUAGAGAAUGCAGCAGAUGGAAUCCGGCUGGCGGCCCGAAUUGUGGAUACGCCUUGUAAUGAAAUGAACACUGAUACUUUUCUUGAGGAAAUUAAAAUGGUUGGGAAUGCACUAGGAAUUGUUCCCACCAUUAUUCGUGACGAGGAGUUGAAAAAACAAGGAUUUGGAGGCAUAUAUGGUGUUGGGAAGGCAGCAAUGAAUCCUCCGGCACUUGCAGUUCUCAGUUAUUUACCAGAGGGCGCCACACAGACGAUUGCCUGGGUGGGCAAAGGCAUUGUGUAUGACACAGGAGGCCUGAGCAUUAAAGGAAAGACCACCAUGCCAGGAAUGAAGAGAGACUGUGGAGGAGCAGCUGCUAUUCUUGGAGCUUUCAAGGCAGCAGUGAAACAGGGUUUUAAGGACAAUCUGCAUGCUGUGUUCUGCCUGGCUGAGAAUUCUGUUGGACCUCAAGCAACCAGACCCGACGAUAUACAUCAGAUGUAUUCUGGAAAGACGGUUGAAAUCAACAAUACUGAUGCUGAGGGCCGCUUGGUACUGGCGGAUGGAGUUGCUUACGCAUCCAAGGAUUUGGGAGCAGAUAUUAUCCUUGACAUGGCAACUCUGACAGGAGCUCAGGGUAUCUGUACAGGGAAGUACCAUGCUGCUGUCCUGUGCAAUACUGAGGAGUGGGAGAUGGCCUGUGUUAAAGCUGGCCGGAACAGUGGAGAUCUCGUCCACCCUCUCGUCUACUGUCCUGAGCUCCACUUCAGUGAGUUCACCUCUGCUGUGGCUGAUAUGAAGAACUCUGUGGCUGAUCGUGACAAUGCUCAAAGUUCCUGUGCUGGUCUUUUUAUCGGUGCCCACAUUGGAUUUGACUGGCCUGGCGUGUGGGUCCAUGUGGACAUUGCAAGCCCUGUGCACGCAGGGGAGCGUGCGACAGGCUUUGGCGUUGCCUUCCUGCUGGCCUUGUUUGGUCGGGCUUCCAAAGACACCCUGCUGAAUCUUGUGUCUCCGCUGGGCGCCAAUGCAGACACUCACCUGGUGCCAAAUGAAAGUGACGGCAGCUUGUCCAAGCGCAGGCGGCUGGUAUAAAGGAAGUAAAGCUUUCUACGUGGUCAUGUCAUUGAUGUAUCUGCACCAGUCAAUUGACUGCCCACUCAUCCAGGUAUAACAGAUCUCAUGCAUCACUAGCAGCCCUGCUUUUUAUCCCCUGACAGUUUGUAUGUCAUCAUGAGAGAGUGCACAAGCACUAUUAGCGAGAAGGACAGACCUUGCACUGGUAUCUCACUGAUGUUUCUCCUCUGAAAGAACAAGGUUUAAGCCCUCCAGUUGAGGUGGAGCCCGUACAAAAUGCAUAAUCUUCUCCUUCCCACCACUUCACUCUGACGUGUGGUAAUGAACAUGAAUUCCACUAAGAAAAAGGCUGCCAUGAACCAGCUAAGAGAGUAGGCACGUACUGUAUGUCCCCUGAGAGACCAUCUCCAAUGAAGCUGAUAGCUGUUGUACCAAAUGGCUCUAUUCGGUUAUAGAAUAUUCUGUUUGAUCAAACACAAUACCUGAUCUUAUUAAAAUGUUUUGCACAAUC